AUGGCCGACCCAGCCCCCGCCGAGCCCGCACUCGACUCCGGCGCCGCGACGAGCCUCGCCGCGCUCGCCUUCAGCAUCACCGACGGGCUCCCCGCGUUGCUCGAGCGUAGUCUGCGGCACGACGUCGAGAACAGCAUCCUCUCCGACCAGUGCGCGGAGCUGCGGGGGCGCACCGAGCACCUCCAGGCGGACAUCGCGCUCGAGCGCUCGAAGCAGGCCGCGCUGCGGGCGCAGAUUUUUAGAGUACGCGCGCCUGCGGGCGUGCAGAAGAGUUCGAGCACCAAAGAAUUGAGAACUGCGCUCGUGCCGCGGAAUACCGACGCGGACAGCGUAGGAGACAAGGAGAACAUCGUUGACGUAUCCCUAAUUUCCGAGGGCAGUCCCAUUUCGCUACGCAGCAAACGCAAGGGCAGGAUCUUCCCUGAUGAUAUGCGCAUCGUCAAGCGCAUGAAGCUCGAUGACAGCUCUAAGUAA